AUGGCCUCACCAAGCCCCGCCCCUCCCAGGGCUGUCGUUCACGCUCUACGUGGUGUCCUCCUAACCACAUCCUGUUCAGUCAUUCUCUUGGCUGAAGAACGACGUCGACGUCUCAAUAUCGCCCGGGCUGCUCUUGACAACGCCAAGAAACUUCACACUGCACGAGUGAAUCGGAAUGCGACCGUGUUGGCCGAAAGUUACAGCAAUAAACGAGAAUUUCCGAUUGAAAUUGCCCACGAUUUCGCCCACGCCCCCACCACCAACCCUCUUCGCCGCCGUCGACAGCGAAUUGAUUCAUUGGAGAAUGAUUUAUCGCGCCCGAAAGAGAUCAUAUCGAUAGAAGAAUUUGAGACGACGUUGUCCGGGGAUUUCGGCUCAGGUAGCUCAUCGCAAACGAGCCAGAGGAGAUGGGAUGAGUGGGAUGCAGCCCGAAAGGAACUGUCACGAAUAUCGGAUACAAACCCAUUUAUACAUAAUGGCUAUUCGACCCGACUUCCCCCCGAUGCUAAACUGUCAGCUCUACAACCACGGACUCACAAGUCAAGGACCCGAACAUCAGCUACGAGGCAUACAAAAGCCAAAGCGACAGAAUCACAACAUGCAAAUGAGGCUUUGAAUCGACAAUCGAAAUCUAUACUGCAACUGGAUUUAAUCACCACAGAGUUGGAAACCUCAGGCUUAUCAAAUAGUCUUCGUGCUGAGAAAGAGAAAAACGCUGUUGAGUUACUUGAAGAACUGACCUCAAGAGAGGCCGAGGAGCCCCAGGAGAUUCUAUCAAGAGGCAUUAGGCUACUUCAGUCUAUUGCGAGUUCUUGCGAGUACGGCAACAUUCCUAAAGUUCUGAAGGCACUCCGUCCCAUUUGCAACGAUGCCAGCCUUCUUGCUGUACCCUUCUUUGACAGUUUGAAACAAAACCACGACGCAGAAGGUGUUCGACACUUUCUAAGAGGCUUGUCGAGCUUCCAACCUCCUUCAACAGGGACGAAAAACGGCAAUGAAUGGAUCAUGCGACUAUUGAUGCACAACUGGAGGAAGACAAAGGACUUUGCCGAUAUUCAAAACAUUUAUGGCUUACUUCAAGAAGGCGGACUUUUCGAGGACGACGUUUUCCCGGUAUCUACACAGUAUGCUGUCAGGCGCCGAGUCAUCCUCAUUGCCCUUGACGCUGGUGAUGAUGCCACUGCGAGUGCUGAGAUGGCGUUUCUCUCUAAUAUGAGAUUUGAGACGUCUGGUAUCGAUGUCAAGCUUCGCGGGCGAUUUAUCGUUCGGGACGCGGAGUUGGGACACUGGGACAAGGCGGUAUCUGAGCUUCAGACGUUUGGGCCCAAGGUAAAGGAAUCGGCUCAGUUUCAGAAAGUGCUCUCGUGGCUCACAAAGGUCUAUUGCAAAUAUCACACGUCCUCACAGGUGGAUCUGUUCGUGAAAGAACUCGUCGACAAUCAUGACAUGAUGUUGAACAAACCUCUCGCUUUCUUCGUCAUGGAGAAGCAUGGCCGGACGCGUAACCUCCAAGCACUGACUACCUGGGUGCAAUUCUGCCAAGAUGGUGGACUGGAGAUGGACCAAGUCUUCUUUAACGAGAUUGCCGACAAAUGCUGCAAGCAUUGGAGUUUGUCGCGGGUCGAUGUUGUCCGCAUGCUGAAGGACGUACGAAUCUCUAAAUCUUGGAUUCAAGAUCCUCUCCUAACACGGUAUGUGAGCGACGGUGCCUUGCAUGACCUUCACAAACCCCUACCAGGAGAGAGAGCGGAUGCGUUUGGACUGGCCCAGACCCUCCCCGAAAGACGGGGAGACUCGAUUACAAUCUAUGAGCGAGCCGUAUUCAAACACAUGAAUACUCUAGCACUCCGAGAAGACUGGAGCGGCGCCUACAGUGCUUACCUGGAGGCGGUCAAGGAGGGUCUUGGCGAUUCGUCGCGAUGUCUUCGACUUGCCGUCGUGGCCAACAUUCAUCUGGAAGGGCCACAUUCGUACACAGGAUCAAGACUUAUCAACGAAGCUCACAAUAAAAAACACGAUAUCAGUGGUGCGUUGGUGCCGAUGUUAAUUGCACGACUCGAGGCCGGCGACAACGCAGGCAAAUUGCUUCAAGAGAACCUUACGAAAGGCCAAAAAAUCCAUGAUAGUGUUUACAAUAAGGCUGCCCGAGUUCUCACACAAAAGGGAAACCCCGAGGCCGCGAUUAUGGUGUGUGAGCUUGCGGCACGAGAGAACGGUAUGGGCGAGCUGGCAUACAGUAAAUACAACUUUGCCAGUCUCAUCCACACGUAUACUGGCCAAGGACGCUAUACAGACCUGUUGCCACUAAUCAACAGUUUCGUUUCGAAAUCUGAGUGGUGGCAAGGUAGCAAGGAGUGCAAGGAGUCGGUCAAAUUUGCAAUGAAGCAUGUGGCUUCGCGGGCUGCAAAGGAUCGAGAGCAUGAGGGCUCGUACAAGCAGGUAAUCUUGCGCCUCGAGGGCGCUCUUGAACACAUCAAGUACCUACGGGCGACGAAUCGGCAAGAUCGGGAGAUUUUGACCAAAGAGGUCAUUGGCGCCUUCAAAGCGGUAGAUGAGCCGGCAGCUUUCGAAGGGGGGUUCUUUCCAGAUGCACAACCUGGACGACCGCCAUCGAAAGAUAAGAGGAAUAUGGACUGGGAGUCGUCCACGAGGCGAGACUCAGCAACCCAGACCAUAAGCGAGACAAGGCAUCGCAUUGUCGAAGAUGGCUUGUCUUCUCAAAACCAGAAAGCAGACGAUAUCCAAACAUGA